AACUAGAGACUUUAUAAGCAGACACUUUAAUCAGAACGAGCAUAGUAUUAACAUGAAGGCCAUCAUUGCUUGCUGUCUUCUUCUCGUUGUAACGUCUCAGGCCGCGGACUGGGCCAAAGUGAAGCCUGUCUACAGGUCACGCCACACUUUGCGCCAUGCCGUUCGUAGCAAGAUCAUUGGUGGUGACUUUGCCACUCCUGGACAGUUUCCCUAUCAAGUCGGUCUUUUCCUUGACGGAAGUGGUUUCUGCGGUGGCUCUUUGAUCAAGGACGAUGUCAUUUUGACGGCAGCUCAUUGUGCUCAAGGAACUCGUACUUUCGAAGCUCAUCUUGGAGCUCAGAAUAUUUAUGAUGAAACCGAGGCGAAUAGAUUAAUCGUCACCUCAACUACUGGUGUUGUCCAUGAGAACUAUCAAGCCAGCUCCAUCAACAAUGACAUUGCCAUCGUUAAGCUGCCUGCCCCAGUUGCCGGAAAUGGAGUCGGCGUCGUCAGACUGCCCGCUGGAAUUCAGGUUGGCGAGACUUUCAAUGGAGUCUCGGCGCGAGUGUCUGGAUGGGGAAGAACCUCUGAUUCCGUUUCCGGAAUCAGCCCUGAACUGAAAUUUGUUGACGUCACUGUGAUUGACAACUCUGUGUGCCGCGCUUCUUACGGAAAUAUCAUCACCGAUACCAAAAUUUGCGUGGACACCCUCGGCGGAACCGCAGGAACCUGCAACGGAGACUCCGGCGGCCCCUUGGUUGUCCAGGAGGUUGACGGUAUCUACACUGAAAUCGGAAUCGUGUCCUUCGGAUCCUCCGCUGGCUGCGAGUCUGGAUACCCUGCCGCUUUUACCAGAGUAUCCGAAUACCUGCCAUGGUUGGAAACCAACGCUGGAGUUACCAUCAGGCCGUAAAUAUGAGAGAAAUAAAAAAAUAAUAAACUGACUGAGAAGUUAAAUUAAA